CUGCGGACAAAGGAGGGAGCUGGGUCCUGCUUCCUCCUGGUCCUGUCGAUGAGGAUUUUUAGACCGUGGAGACUGCGCUGCCCUGCCCUGCAUCUACCCUCACUCUCCGUGUUCUCACUAAGGUGGAAAUUGCCCUCCCUCACUACUGACGAGACCAUGUGUAAAAGCGUGACCACAGAAGAGUGGAAGAAAAUCUUCUAUGAGAAGAUGGAGGAGGCAAAGCCGGCUGACAGCUGGGACCUCAUCAUAGACCCCAACCUCAAGCACAAUGUGCUGGGCCCUGGUUGGAAGCAGUACCUGGAGGUGCAUGCUUCAGGCAGGUUCCACUGCUCCUGGUGCUGGCACACCUGGCAGUCGCCCCACCUGGUCAUCCUCUUCCACAUGUUCCUGGACCGCACCCAGCGGGCUGGCUCGGUGCGUAUGCGCGUCUUCAAGCAGCUGUGCUAUGAGUGCGGCACGGCGCGGCUGGACGAGUCCAGCAUGCUGGAGGAGAACAUCGAGGGCCUGGUGGACAACCUCAUCACCAGCCUGCGCGAGCAGUGCUAUGGCGAGCGCGGCGGCCAGUACCGCAUCCACGUGGCCAGCCGCCAGGACAACCGGCGGCACCGCGGGGAGUUCUGCGAGGCCUGCCAGGAGGGCAUUGUGCACUGGAAGCCCAGCGAGAAGCUGCUGGAGGAGGAGGCGACCACCUACACCUUCUCCCGGGUGCCCAGCCCCGCCAAGCCGCAGGAGGAGACGGGCUCAGGCUGGAACUUCUGCUCUCUCCCGUGGUGCUUGUUUUGGGCCACGGUCCUGCUGCUGAUCAUCUACCUGCAGUUCUCCUUCCGUAGCUCCGUCUAAGAUUCCCUGGGUGGGCCCAGAGCCUGUCGAGGGUGCCAGCUAGCUGGUGGGAAGGUAGAGGAGAAACCUGGAUUGGGAGUAGUGUCAACGUCUAGCGCUGGUGGUGCCACUGACUCAGUGGAGAUCUUGGGCAAAUUAUACGGUUUUGCCUUUUAUAAAACUAAGGGUUUGGGCAAGAUCAUUCGUUUAUCGUAGUGAAACCCAGGACCCCAAAGUUCUGCUUAGGUGCCUCAGGGACUUUUGGAUUUGGAAAGUAGACUAAGCAAGUGAUUGUCUCCUGCUUAUCCUCCACCUCCUGCCUCCUCUUGCUUCAAUCAGAACAGCUUUACUUUACAUGGAGUUCCAUUCAAGAUGUUUGUACG